UUCUCAAAAAUGAAACAACAACAAACCAUAGUGGUGUUUUUCUUGUUGGCCCUAAUAUCAACAUUGAGUUUCCGACCAUCGGAAGCGCGAAAUACGAACCUAUGUUUCACAACAGCGAUAGAUAACGUGCCAGGAUGUUUCUAUGCGGUGAAAUUAGUGGCAGAUGGAGAUUUCCGAUGGAUAUCUAGAGAAUGUUGCGAUGCAGUGAGAACACUUCCUGAUACUUGCUACUUGGAAGUCGUUUUUGGCAAAUGUUCUUACUUUAUCUCAUUGAAUAUGUCUCACUGGAUGUUUCUUGGUCCUUUACUUCGUUUAACGUCUCAGGUUCAUCUGGUUAAUUUCUUCGGUCUGAAAGCCAACAAUAUAAAGCUAAGUAUAGCUAUCCACAGUACCUUGUGUCGGCUUAGCACAUCUGCUGGUGGUGCUCGGUCAUAG